AUGAACGGUACGGAAGGUCCGAGCAUGAUCCAGAUUCAUGUGUCUGUCAGGGUUCUGCUGACUGUGCUCCCGUGCCUCUUUUUCUUGUACAUUAACAGCGUCAUGCUGUUCGCCCUGGUGAAAAAGCCCCUGCUUCUGGAGUCACCCCGCUACAUCCUGUUUGGGCAUUUGCUCUUCUCUGACUUCCUCCAGGUCCUGCUGACCACGCUGCUCUACAUAUUCGCUUUGACCAUGGUCAGAAUCAUCACUUGCGCUUGCAUUUUCGUCAUCCAGUUCGCAGCCGUCACCGUGAAGAUGUCCCCCAUCAACCUGGCUGUCAUGUCUUUGGAGAGGUUCGUUGCCAUUUGCUUCCCUCUGAGGCACGCCGCCAUUGCGACCUCCAGGGUGACCCGCGGCGCCAUCGCCGUCAUGUGGAUCGUGGCCUCUUUAGACUCCGUCACGCAGCUCUGUCUGUUUUUCGGCCUCGACAACAGAAGCCUCACCGCUCAACGGGUCUGCAGGAAACAGACGGUGUUCCACCUGCAGGUUUACGUGAUCGUGAACCAGGUUUUCACGGUCGCAAAUUUCGUCCUGGUCACCGUUAUUAUCAUUUACACUUACGCUGCCACCAUGGUGGCCGUGAAGUGCAGCUCUUCCUGCACUCACAGGGCCAAAGUGGCACAUCAAACCGUGAUCCUGCAUGCACUUCAGCUCUGCCUGUACCUCAUCUCCACCCUGUUUACCAUGAUCAACUCCAGCAACCUGUUUAACUUGGAUCCAGUUGUUGCUCUUUACGUCAAGCACGCGCUCUUUUUGGGGCUCGUCAUUUUCCCCAAGUUUUUGAGCCCGCUCUUAUACGGCCUUAAAGAUCAGACGUUCAAACACGUCUUCAAAUACUACUUUACCUUUGGCUACAGACCUUCAGUAGAGCCGUAUCCCAAGUCUUGAUCACUAAUUGGAAUAAAUCAUGUUUUAAUCUGCCUAGUGUAUGAAAAGGUGCUUUGAAGUUUCUCUUAGAUAAAGGAGAGAAAAAAAAACGAGAAUUUUGCUGAAGUUAAAACGAGUUGAACCAAAAUAAAAAGCUGACAAGAAAUAGGUUGAAGCUGCAUGUUUGCAUACGUUGUAUCAUUUGUGAAUGCAAGAACAAUGAGAGAUUUCUUUCUUAUUGUUUUGUUCAAAUUCACGUCUUCACAGAGUAUACUUAUUUUUAGCAAUUGAUGCAGUUGCUGUGAAAACCUGAUGCCUCGGGUCAAACAUCUCGGUUGUCCUUCCACAAGAUUCUCACAAUAGCUUUCUGGACGCUUGGCCCAUUUCUCCUGGCAGAACUGGGUCUGUUUCCAAAAGCUUCUUUGCUCACACACACUUUUUCAUUUCUACCCACAGUUUUUUAAGUGGCCUCAGAUCAGGUCUUUAAAAACUGGCAGAUAUUAACCAGUUUUACAGCUAAUUUGGAGAAAUGCUUGCUGUUGUGGUCCACUUGGAAAGCCCUAUUUGUGCCUAAAUUUGAACUGCAUGGCUGCAGUUAUUGAUCCAAAAUUUCAUUUUUUGCUCAUGAUUCCAUCUAUUUUUGGGAAGUAUUCCAGUCUCCCUUACAGCAAAAACAAAAAUUUACCAUUUUGCUUCCAAAUGACGGUUAUAGUAGCCAAAUACUUCAAUUUUUUGUUUCAUUUUUUGACAUCUCAAAAAAAAAAAAA